AUGGGCACUUGGGGAGUAGGUACAUUUGAAAAUGACGGGAGUUAUUCCUUCUGGGAAGCCUUUGAAGAAAACCCAUUAGAGGAAAUCGUUCGAAUUGCCAAAAAAUACGCUGAUAUGGAUACCGAGGAUAUGGACUUAGACGUGGAAGAUGCAAUUGAAAUUCAAAUCUCAGCCUUGCUCACUGCCGGGUUCAUAGACAGUAGGAACAUCCACAGGUUGGAACCAAGACUAGCUACAGAGCUCUCGGACAAAUACUAG